AUGUCUGGCAACUUCUCCCAGCCGGGCGGUAUCUCUGACCCUGCGCUUAUCACACUCGUCAACAAGCUCCAGGAUGUUUUCACAACCGUCGGCGUCAACAACCCCAUCGACCUCCCUCAAAUAGUCGUCGUUGGCAGUCAGUCCAGCGGUAAGAGUUCCGUGCUGGAAAACAUCGUGGGCAGAGACUUCCUCCCUCGAGGUUCAGGAAUCGUGACACGUCGACCACUCGUGCUGCAACUCAUCAACCGCCCUGCCACGUCCCAGACCAACGGCGAGAGUGAAGGCGUCGAGGGUACCACCGAUAAGGCCGCGAACGUGGACGAGUGGGGCGAGUUCCUGCAUAUACCAGGUCAGAAAUUCUACGAUUUUAACAAGAUACGAGAUGAGAUCAGCAAGGAGACUGAGGCAAAGGUCGGCCGCAACGCCGGCAUCUCGCCCGCCCCUAUCAACCUGCGCAUCUACUCCCCCAACGUCCUGACGUUGACGCUUGUCGAUCUGCCUGGUCUCACUCGAGUACCCGUCGGUGACCAACCGCGCGACAUCGAGAGACAAAUCCGCGACAUGAUUGUCAAGUACAUUGCCAAGUCGAACGCCAUCAUCCUGGCCGUGACGGCAGCAAAUAUUGAUCUGGCCAACUCAGAUGGGUUGAAGCUGGCACGUGAGGUCGACCCCGAGGGUCAGAGGACAAUCGGUGUCCUGACAAAGGUUGAUCUGAUGGAUGAGGGUACUGAUGUGGUCGACAUUCUGGCAGGGCGUAUCAUCCCGCUGCGCAUGGGAUAUGUGCCGGUCGUGAACCGUGGUCAGAGGGAUAUCGACAACAAGAAGCCCAUCCAGGCCGCGCUCGAGGCCGAGAGGGCGUUUUUCGAGAACCACAAGGCCUAUCGUAACAAGAGCUCUUACUGCGGUACACCAUACUUGGCGCGGAAGCUGAACCUGAUCCUGAUGAUGCACAUCAAGCAGACGCUGCCAGACAUCAAGGCCAGGAUUUCAAGCUCCCUGCAGAAGUACACGUCCGAGCUGGAGAGCCUCGGACCUUCGAUGCUGGGCAACAGUGCCAACAUCGUGCUGAACAUCAUUACCGAGUUCACAAACGAGUGGCGGACGGUGCUGGACGGUAACAACACCGAGCUCUCGAGCACUGAGUUGUCCGGCGGUGCGAGGAUCAGCUUCGUCUUCCACGAACUGUACGCGAACGGUGUCAAGGCGGUAGACCCCUUCGACAUGGUCAAGGACGUGGACAUCCGGACGAUACUCUACAACUCGUCCGGCUCGUCCCCUGCCCUGUUUGUCGGCACCACCGCGUUUGAGCUGAUCGUGAAGCAGCAGAUCAAGCGGCUGGAGGAGCCCAGCUUGAAGUGCGUGUCGCUGGUCUACGACGAGCUGGUGCGCAUCCUCACGCAACUGCUUAGCAAGGCGCUCUACCGCCGGUACCCGUCGCUGAAGGAGAAGAUGCACAACGUUGUCAUUGGGUUCUUCAAGAAGGCCAUGGAGCCCACCAAUAAGCUGGUCAAGGACCUCGUGUCCAUGGAGUCUAUCUACGUCAACACCGGGCACCCCGACUUCCUCAACGGCCACCGCGCCAUGGCCAUCGUGAACGAGCGCCACAACCCCAAGCCCGUGCAGGUCGACCCCAAGACUGGCAAGGCGCUGUCGAACACCCCGGUCCGGGCCGCGAGCCCAACCCUGGCCGAGUCCAACCUGGGCGGGGACGGUAACAGCGGUUUCUUCGGCAGCUUUUUUGCGGCCAAGAACAAGAAGAAGGCCGCGGCCAUGGAGGCCCCGCCGCCGACGCUGAAGGCUUCGGGCACGCUGAGCGAGCGCGAGAACAUCGAGGUCGAAGUCAUCAAGCUGCUCAUCUCGUCGUACUACAAUAUUGUCAAGAGGACCAUGAUCGAUAUGGUUCCCAAGGCCAUCAUGCUCAACCUUGUAGCAUUCACCAAGGACGAGAUGCAGCGCGAGCUCCUGGAGAACAUGUACCGGGCGGCAGAGCUCGACGACCUCCUCAAGGAGAGCGACUACACGAUCCGGCGGCGGAAGGAGUGCCAGCAGAUGGUGGAGUCGCUGGCACGCGCCAGCGAGAUCGUCAGCCAGGUGCAGUAG